GACCAUAUAUAAGACAGUGGACAAAAAUUUGUAAUAUAAUAUCUCACACCCAAUCAAAGUUAAGUAGAAUGGAAAACCAAAUUAUAGUUCUUGUACUAUGUAUGAUUUCAUUCGAUGUUAAAAUGAAUAUUGCAAAUCCAGUUGGGCAAACGAAUGAUACAAUUGAAGCUCCGACGCCCCUGAGGGGCUUAAGGGGUUUCGACAAAGAAAAAGAUACAAUUGUAUUCGAAGAUACUAUAUAUUACAUUGGAUAUGCAUGGGAGGGUAAUUGGCUACAAGCAAUGUUCCAUUGCAAAUCUCUUGAUAUGGAUUUACUUAGUAUAGAAUCAAAAGAAGAAAACGAUUUCCUUUCUCGUAAGCUGAAAGAGCUGUUGCAGGGUAGAGAAUACAAUUUUUAUACAUCGGGAACUAGAUUGCCGUACAACAAAUGGAUCUGGAUGUCCACAGGACGUCCUGUAACUUUUACCAACUGGAAACCAAAUGAACCGAAUAAUUAUAUGGAUAAUGAUGAAACUUGUAUCGAAGUUCAAUACAGAUACGAGACAGGCCUUAGAUGGAACGACGAAAAUAGAGAGACUCCAGACAAUGUCAUUUGCGAGGCUAAAAUGACAAAUGAUUGUGAAUUAAAUUUGUAUAAUAAUGUUUAAAAUGUUUAAUAAAUUGCUUAAACCAACAAUAUUAUAAACGCU